UUGAUCACCACCACCCGGUAAUAGUCAAGCCAAACAAGUCAAGCCAUUGCCGCCCCUAUAUCAUGAGGGCCUCUGCUUUCGUUGGACGACAGAUUGGUGCUUGCGGACUUUGACAAAAGCUAAUCAUGAGCGACCAGGCAACGGAAGGAGAGCUCGCCUCAGCAGCAAACGCCACUCCGCAGGUGAACGGGGCCGCUGGGAACUCUGAUUCAGAAGAGGAGACCCCUGAGCAGGAAGUUGGGCGGUCCUUAGAGGGCUUUCUGGAUGAUGUGCCUGACGAUGUGGAGGACCUGGACCUUGUCCACCAACGGCUGAACACACUCGAAGGGCUAGAUUUUACACGAUUCAAGCAGCUACAGAGACUCCGGUUUCGACAAAACCUUCUUGCGCGUAUCGGGGUGUUCCCACACAUGCCCCACCUGGACGAGCUCGACUACUAUGACAAUCGGCUCUCCAAGAUCGAGAAUCUCGAAGCUGUUUCAGCUUUGACUUCAUUGGACCUGUCGUUCAACAAAAUCCGACACAUCGAAAACAUAGCCCAUCUCACAAAUCUGACCGAUCUGUUCUUUGUCGCCAAUAAGAUCUCCCAAAUCAAAGGGUUGGAAACGUUGGUCAACUUGAAGAAUUUGGAGUUGGGCGCCAACCGGAUACGGGUAAUAGAGAACCUGGACACUCUGGUGAACCUCGAGCAAUUGUGGCUGGGGAAGAACAAGAUCACAAAGCUUCAGGGACUGAGUAAGCUGAAGAACCUGAAAUCCCUGAGCGUGCAGAGCAAUCGGCUUACGAAGAUAGAAGGGUUAUCCGAGUUGAGCAAUUUGGAGGAGCUGUACUUGAGUCACAACGCAAUUGAGACGGUGGAAGGGCUGGAAAGCAACAAGAACCUGAAGACGCUCGACAUCAGCUCGAAUCGGAUAACACACUUGCAGGGCUUGGAGCCCCUUGAGCAUUUGGAAGAGCUUUGGGCCAAUGGGAACAAAUUCGCGUCCUUUGAGGAAGUGGAGGCCCAAUUGAAAGAAAAGAAGGAGCUCACGACCGUGUAUCUGGAGGGCAACCCACUGGAAACCACGUCGAGGGCAACCUACAGACUCAAGUUGAAAACGUUGCUGCCCCAGUUGACUCAAAUUGACGCAACGCUGGUGCGAUAGUAGAAAUAGGGGGGAAAUUAGCACCCUUUUGGGGCAGCGAAGGCCCAGCAAACGAACGAACAUCGGCACUUGGGCUCCGGUGUUCCCUCUCGGCGGGAUAUCACGCACGCUGUCCGUUGCCAUGUUAGUGGGAAGUUUGAAGCGCGUACUGUUCCGCCGACGCCGGGUCGGGGCGGACAUGAUUCGAGGAGCGGGCGAGCAACAUGAAAAGCUUCGCCAUUGAGUGCCGAUUAUCGUCUCCCAGUGUAGCUUCGAGAUGUAGCGAAAUCACAUUGUCGAUCGUAGUUACCUUCUAGUUGAUAGGCGCAUUUGAGGCUACUUCUCUGCUGAUCGAUAAGACGCAUGUAAAUAAGGAUUUGUUGAAUGUAAUACUUGGU